AUGAACAUCCUUGAUAUGAGCGAUUACCACUUCCGCUUAAAGUCCGGUCAGACCCUUCCCGCCUCGCCCUCCUUGUCCUCCUCCACCUUGUCCUCAUCCCUGCCGUCUAAGCCCAAAGGAAAGGACUCCUCCUCAGCUUCAGAGCUGAUCAACUCCCUCAAGAAAAAGUCGUCUGCCUCCACCCUCUUCUCGCCCCUCUCUCCCGCCCUCUUCUCCACCGGGCCAUCAACAACCUUUACCUCAUCCCUGACGCGAUCCAAACGCAGCAGCAGUCGUCGCCCUCUCUGUUCCGCAUCCUGUUUCUCCCCUCUCGAUCUCCCUUCCGACAUCUUUGUAUGCCUCCUCGAGUUUCUCACCCCGGCAGAACUGUGGAAACUCUCGAUGGCGUCGCGAGAGAUGUACAGACAGGUCAAUGGGUUCAUGUCCAAGAUCCAACGGUUCAAGUACAGUGCGGUCAGGAUCCUUCACCAGGAGAACUCUGGAAUUAUGUAUGUCUCGCCCAGCGGUGUAAACGGAGGAUUCCCUUCGCCCGUGCAGACCAUCUUGGCCAGGAUUAAGGGCGCGUCCAACCCACGGAGCCGUCAGUCGUAUUGGGAGGCCCAGGGUGAGCUCAUGGUCAUGAUCAUCAUGGAGGGAACUCCGUAUGAGCCCAAACCAGGGAGUCGACCCGCCAAGGAGACAAUCACCAAAUCUUCAGUAAGGGCGCAUUCCCCUCAGAUUCAUGCCAAUAGCACCGACACCAGCCUCACCAUUGCACCCUUGCUCGACAAUGGAACAACAACAACACCACCUUCAUCAAUAAUGACUACAACCUCUACAGUAAUAACGACAACAACCAUGCCAACAUCCCCUUCGACCUCAACACUUGUAUCAUCUUACGCAUCCGCAUCCUCAUCACAACUGAGCCUCGGAUCCACUGCAGACGACACUGUCCAAGUCCUUGGCCCUCUCCCCAUAGACAGAUUCCAAGCCAUGGUAGACCUUCUGUUCGACCCCAACAUUGUAUACCUCAACCACCGUCGAGCCAUCAUCAAUUGUGCACGAUAUGUCUCAGCAAGCAUCGCCGAACAUUUCAAGGAGGCUCUCAGCACAAAGGACCCCUUGGACCCAGUGUUUCAUACACUCUUCCUCAAGCAAUACACCGUGAGGACGGGGCCUUAUCUCGCCCUCAUUCUCUACGACACCGGCGCCGAGGACAAUGGCAACGAUGAGGAGGACGAACUGCCCCAGGAACCUUCCACGCAGCCCAAGCCCUCGCAACGAUCGACCCUGGUUGCCCCUCCCUCCCGCCUGCAAAAGUACUUUCAGGCCAUGCUGUGGCAUCGCUGCACAUCUGAUCUGAUUGCGCUCUACAAUCGCAUCCAGCGUUUGCAUGUGGAUAUCACUCCCUCCCCCUCCUCCAAGAAGACAUGUACAGAGCCGCUCGAGCCCAUGCCAGAGUCAAACAGGGCUGUCUGCUGUCAGGACAUGCCGACCAGCACUCCCUCGCCCAUAGCUUCUCCCGUGAUGCAAGAGUCAUACCCUUUUUGCUGCAAUGCACACUCGCUUGUCUUCACGACACAUUAUCCCGCCAGUGUUCCCCUCCCCUACCCCAUCCGCCAAAAGUUCCGUCGCAUGGCCCAGAAGCUCCAGACCAAGAAUUUUUGGGCGACCGUCCUCCAAGGUCAUGGCGUCAACGCUGCUCAGUGGGAGGAGUGUUCUAUCGGUGGACACAUUCAGUACACAGGAUCGACAGAGAAGCUCCAGUUCUGCAACGGAGUUGCUCGCCCUAUCUCUCCAGCGACAAUGGCGGCAGUGGUGGCAUCGGGAUCAGCGACAUCACCAUCCUCUUCUAUCCACAAGCAAAGGAGGGAGAUGGACGAUGAGGAGCUGGUGCUGAGACGUCAUCGGAUCGAGGAGCGCAUCAGACAGGAUACGCUCAUGAAGCAGGAGUUGCUCUCGCUAUGUCUGAUGGCCUGCGGUCUCUUUAUGGUCGACAAUCGCUCUCGUCAUAUCCCUCCGACCCUCAUGUCGCUCCUGAGACGCUACGGACCUUGGGGCAAGGGUGUCUGGCGCGAAGGAGAAUGGAGACGGUCGGCGAUCGACCUUUCCUCUGGAACUGGAUUUGAGGAAGGGGCUGGAGGAUCUCACAAGAAGAAGAAGAGUAUGUCGCCAUCGUCGUCGUCGAACUUUUCUUCGCUCCGAGGAGGAGCAGCAACAGUGGAUGGAGUGCAGGCGGAGGGUGCAGCCAAAGAGGAUAACAAGAACGAGCGGGGACCAUGGCAGAACCUUUGUAUUGCUGCCAUUCAGUUCAUGGCCCACGAGGACUUGACCUGGGGCGGUGCGACCGGCAAUGAGGAGCUCAGCCGACUCCGAGUCACCAUCAACUCUUCUCAGUGGAUCUACCACGAGUAA